AUGGAGUGUCUGGCUGAAUCGUUGUCUGCAGAUCCUUCCAAACAUCGUCAAGAACUUUUGGAGCGUUUGGAUAUCCUAAGGAACAACGAUAUCUUUUGUGACGUGACGAUCGCAGUAAAGGAUAAAGAGUUCAAGGCUCACAGAGCUGUUUUAGCGGCAACCAGCCCGUUCUUUCUGACACUUCUGACAAGCGACAUGAAAGAAGGCAACGAAAAACUGAUCAAAGUAGAGCUAGAGGAAGCCACUGAAUCUGUCAUGGAAGACGCGCUAAAGUACCUUUACACUGGGAAUGUCACAGUCCUUGAGGGCAGAGCUCACAAUUUGAUUGCAACGGCAAAUUUUCUCCUUUUGCCAAGUCUAAAAACAAUGGCGGCCAAUGUUUUGAAGGAGACUGUGACAACUGAGAACUGUGUUUUCAAUUAUUAUUUUGCGGAAAAGUAUGAGUGUGUGGAGCUGAAGGAUAAAUGCCGUGAUGUGAUCAACGCAAAUUUCAGUGUUGUCAUGGAAACAGAGGACUUUCUCAAGCUUGAUCAGAAGCAAGUUAUGGAGUGGGUGUCUAGUGAUGACGUCAUUGUGAAGGAAGAGGAAAACAUUUUCAAAGGAAUUGUCAAGUGGGUGUCUCACAACAAGAGUGAGAGGGAAGGGAACUUCCCAGAAUUAUUGCACCAGGUUCGCCUGCCAUUCUUAUCGCGUGACUUUCUACUUGAUGAAUUAGUAAAAGAUGAGCUGAUCACGAAAAACCCUGUAUUUUGCUCAAAUUUUGUGAUAAAUGCUAUGAAAGUAGUAUUGAGUUCCAGUGAUAGUCCCCAGCAACCAAGGAAAUGUCAGGAGACUCACAUUGAUGGAAUAUUUAUCUGUGGAGGGAAAAGAGCUUUGUGUUACUUUCCACAGAAAGACAUGUGGUAUAGGCUAGCUGACAGUCCAUUUCAAGAUUACAAAGACCAUACCCUAGUUGAAUAUAAAAGUGACAUUUAUGUUGCUGAUGGAAAAACACGUCGGCUCGGUGAGUCACAUGUUUUGGAAUUUUACUCACCUCUAAAGAACUCCUGGGGUACUGCUCAGCGAAGUGAUGAUAUUACUGAUUUCACAUGCUUCGCAGUCUUAAAGGGUGAGAUGUAUACAACAUGCUUUUCAGAAUGGAACAGAAAGAGUAGAAUCUGUAGAUAUGAUAGUGAGAUGAACUGUUGGCAAGACAUGGAGGCUCCACCCUACUUGCAGGACAAAGCUUGUAUUGUGGCUGAUGAGCAGUUCUUGUACAUUAUAGGUGGUACAAUGGAUCAUGGGGAAGGUGCUGUGUGCACAACAAAUAGAUUUGAUCCCAUCAACAACAAAUUGGAGGAAGUUGCAGGUGUAAAUCAGGCUAGGUAUAAUGCCAGUGGUGUUGCCAUGAAUGGUAAGGUUUUUAUAACUGGUGGACAAGUGUCAAGGAAAACGUAUAUCCUCAACUCUGAAGCUUAUGACCCCUCAACCAAUGAAUGGCAGCUGAUGGCUGAUCUCAAUAUUCCUCAUUUCAAUGCAAGCAUGGUGUGCCUGGAAGGAAGGCUGUAUGCUUUGGGUGGCAGCACUUACAUUAGGAAUAAGGGACGCAUGCAAACUUCAACAGUUGAAGUUUUUGAUUUAGAGAUCAAUGAGUGGAAAGUGAAAUCAUCUAUACCUGUUAAAAACCUUGAAAUGUCACAGGAGGAGAACAAGUAUCAGGCUUGUUUUGCAAAGUUUAGCAAGAAAAUGAUUGAAAAGCUGCAACCACUAUCAAACUAAUAUGUAAUUCUAGUCCAGGGCUAUUAAUUAUGGGAUCUCGGCUAAGGUGAUAUCAUAAGUUCUGCUUUUGUUAUAUUAUAUAUUGCUGUGCUUUUUUAUGUUUCACAAGAAUAUAUGGGAAUGACUUUCAAUCAACGUAUUUCAACCAGGUUUUGACCUUUAGUUAGUACAUGUGUGACUAGAGUUGAUCAAGUGACAGUGUUUAAACUCGAGUUUGCUUUUAUAUUUGUCAAGUUAUCACAGGUUGAACCUUCAGUGAAUGAUUCUGAUUGUGAUUUUCAGCUCCGUUAUAUGAAAAACUGACUACCUAAAAAAACGUGAGUCAGCGAGCUAUGAGAGGCAGACCUACGAGGCAUCUAAAAACACACAAGGCACAAAAUGAUUUGUUAGUAAAAAAGAACCAACAGGCCAGAACGACUCCUGUCAAUCGUAAAGGAAUUUUCUUUCACUCGUCACAGAUUCAUUUCCACUAAAGGGUCCUGUAGCUACUAUAAAGGCCAAUUUAGACAGGGAAAUUUUUGCUUACGACUAUCGUGCACGACUAUUAUGUGUCAUGACUGUAAAUUAGACCCACAACAGCAGUAGGACACCAAAAAUCGUACCGUCUUAAUCGGCUGCGGUAUGAAAGGAGGGUUCUUAAAAUUUUCUCCUAAAUGUUAGUUUCAGUAUGAAACUAACAUUAAUUAGGAGUGUUUAGGAGAACAUGUGUUCCGUGCAUUGAUUAAUGCUUAUCUCGAUUUCC